CCAGUGCAGGUGGCAGCAGAGUCAAACAGCUCUUUCGAGGCAUUCAAAGCCCGCAGAGGGAGGCCUCCAUUACCCGGACAAAACCAACAGCUGUUCUAGAUUACACAGUUCCUUUGCAUUAGGUGGCCAAAGUACUGGAGCUUCAGCUUUAGCAUCAGCAACAGUUCUUCCAAUGAAUAUUCAGGGCUGACUUCCUUUAGGACUGACCGGUUUGAUCUCCUCGCUGGCCACCUGAUGAGAAGAGCUGACACACUGGAAAAGGCCCUGAUGCUGGGAAAGAUUGAAGGUGGGAGGAGAAGGGGACGACAGACGAUGAGAUGGUUGGAUGGCAUCACCGGUUCAAUCGACAUGAGUUUGAGCGAACUCUGGGAGAUUGUUUGGACAGGGAAGGACAGGGAAGCCUGGCGUGCCGCAGUCCAUGGAGUCGCAAAGAGUCAGACACGACUGAGCAACUGAACAGCAGUUUCUGCUAUCAAGGACAAGACUGUUCAGACCCUACUUACCCAGCCCCACAGUGGAGACAGGCGUGUCUGAGAUGUCACAGUGGGUCCUUUGCCUCUGGGACCCAUGAAAGUGAGAAUAAGACCUCUGGCGGGUUGGAUCUAGCCUAAGACUAGAAGGCAGCCAUGGAUCUGGCGUCUGAACUCAAUGAGACCCAACCUUGGCUGACCUCUCCGUUUGACCUCAAUGGCUCCGUGGGGGCAGCCAACAUUUCAAACCAGACAGAGCCGUACUACGACCUGGCCAGCAACGUCGUCCUCACCUUCAUCUACUUUGUGGUCUGCAUCAUUGGGCUGUGUGGCAACACGCUGGUCAUUUACGUCAUCCUCCGCUAUGCCAAGAUGAAGACCAUCACCAACAUCUACAUCCUCAACCUGGCCAUCGCAGACGAACUCUUCAUGCUGGGUCUGCCCUUCCUGGCCAUGCAGGUGGCUCUGGUCCACUGGCCCUUCGGCAAGGCCAUCUGCCGGGUGGUCAUGACCGUGGAUGGCAUCAAUCAGUUCACCAGCAUCUUCUGCCUGACGGUCAUGAGCAUCGACCGCUACCUGGCUGUGGUCCACCCCAUCAAGUCAGCCAAGUGGAGGAGACCCCGGACAGCCAAGAUGAUCAACGUGGCUGUGUGGGGCGUCUCUCUGCUGGUCAUCUUGCCGAUCAUGAUAUACGCUGGCCUUCGGAGCAACCAGUGGGGGAGAAGCAGCUGUACCAUCAACUGGCCAGGUGAAUCUGGGGCCUGGUACACGGGGUUCAUCAUCUACGCCUUCAUCCUGGGGUUCCUGGUGCCCCUGACCAUCAUCUGUCUCUGCUACUUGUUCAUCAUCAUCAAGGUGAAGUCCUCUGGCAUCCGAGUGGGUUCCUCCAAGAGGAAGAAGUCUGAGAAGAAGGUCACCCGCAUGGUGUCCAUCGUGGUGGCCGUCUUCAUCUUCUGCUGGCUCCCCUUCUACAUCUUCAACGUCUCCUCAGUCUCGGUGGCCAUCAGUCCCACCCCAGCCCUCAAAGGCAUGUUUGACUUCGUGGUGGUCCUCACCUACGCCAACAGCUGUGCCAACCCUAUCCUCUAUGCCUUCUUGUCCGACAACUUCAAGAAGAGCUUCCAGAAUGUCCUCUGCUUGAUCAAGGUGAGUGGCACAGACGACGGGGAGAGAAGCGACAGUAAGCAGGACAAAUCCCGGCUAAAUGAGACCACAGAGACCCAGCGGACCCUCCUCAACGGGGACCUCCAGACCAGCAUCUGAACUGCCUGGAAACCCAUCACUCAGGCGCCAAGCUCUGCCAAAGGGCCGUGCGCUCCCCAGCCCCAGCCCCCUGCUUCCUCCCACCCAUCACCGGGCUUCUAGAAUGGGGAUCUGCUCAGCAGGAGUCCAAUGCAGAGAACAGGGUUUGACUUGGCUUGCACUAGUGAUGUAUUAAACUGAUUAUGCCCCCCUUAAAGGGAACAUUUAGACGCAGGCAGACAAUUCUGAGUCUGGAGAAGAGGAGAUCACGCCUGGGUGAGACCUUUAGAAACAACUGAAAUGCAACAAAAACAGAAAACUCUGCGUGUUUGUGUGUUUAAAACCCCGUACGUAAUCUUGUGGUCUUACAUUUAUACUUGCAUAUCCUUAUCUAGUCCCUGUAUAGCCAUGACCUAGGUGUGUUUCCUGAGUUCAAAGAGACAAGGAGCAAGUUCAAAUGUGCAUAGUAUAGAGGGAUGUUUAUUCCAAUAUGAUACCCGCAGAAAUGGACUUACCAUGAAGCCAAUAAAGUUUAAGCUUCAGGGGUCUCUCUUGCUUGGGUGGUGUGC